AUGUCGAACCGCUUCUUGUUCACAUACGGAGCUCCCUUUGUGGGAUUCUGGCUCCUUGGAGAAUCCCUUUACGAUGUCCGUGGCGGAACCCGCGCCGUCAUCUUCGACCGGUUGUCCGGUGUGCAGGAGAAGGUCGUAAACGAAGGCACACACUUCCUCAUCCCCUGGUUGCAGAAGGCGAUCAUCUACGAUGUCCGCACCAAGCCCCGCCAUAUCUCGACCACCACCGGAAGUAAAGACUUGCAGAUGGUCAGCUUGACCCUGCGAGUCCUGCACCGUCCUGAUGUCCCGAAGCUGCCGGUGAUCUACCAGUCAUACGGUACCGACUACGACGAGCGUGUACUGCCCUCUAUCGGAAACGAAGUCCUCAAGGCCAUCGUGGCCCAGUUCGAUGCCGCCGAAUUGAUCACCCAGCGCGAGGCCGUCUCCAACCGCAUCCGCACGGACCUGAUGAAGCGGGCGGCCCAGUUCAACAUCGCCCUGGAGGAUGUCUCCAUCACACACAUGACCUUCGGCAAGGAAUUCACGCGCGCCGUCGAGCAGAAGCAGAUCGCGCAGCAGGAUGCCGAACGGGCUCGCUUCAUCGUCGAGCGCGCCGAGCAGGAGCGCCAGGCCAACGUUAUCCGCGCGGAGGGUGAAGCCGAGAGUGCCGAUAUCAUCAGCAAGGCCGUCGCCAAGGCUGGCAGCGGGCUGAUCGAGAUCCGUCGUAUCGAGGCGAGCAAGGAGAUCGCCAACACGCUGGCCAGCAACCCCAACGUGACAUACCUGCCCGGCAACGACGGCAAGGAAGGUGGCAAGAGCACAAGCCUUCUGCUGGGUUUGAGAAACUAA